GGGCAUGCUCUGUGUCUCAUGGUAUCGUUGCCGUUUCAAAAUGGCUACGUAUCGGGAGCUGCUACGACUGGCAAUCUUCAUCAUCCUAGCUGUUUACAUUAUAGAUGCAAGAGAAUGUAAAAUAGGAUGCCUUGGAAGAACAAAUCCUCUUUACCACUUGGAACCUGGAAAGGUUUAUCAGUAUUCAUUCAAAGGGAAUUCGGAACAUGCAAUUGCUGGUGUUAAAGACAGAGUUGGUGGUAUGCUAAUAGAAGCCCAAGUCUCCAUAACAGUUGGAGACAAAUGUGACCACUCAUUGAAAGUGAACAACGUGAAAAUUACCUCUACAAAAUUUGGAAAUAGCACAGCUAAAAGUUUCAAUCUCGACAUGAGUAGGAAUUUGAAAUUUGGCUUGCAAAAUGGGAAAAUUGACGAUUUAUGUGUUGAGGAAGAUGAAAAAACAUAUACCCUUAAUAUUAAAAGAGCAAUUCUCUCACUUUUGCAGUCUUCUGUUGUCAAAGAGUCCGGCUCUACCGUACUGACUGAGAAUGAUGUUUAUGGCUCCUGUCCAACGGUUUUUGACUUUUCCAAUGUAGGAAAUACAUUGACAGUUAAGAAAACCAAAGACCUAAAUCUGUGUGCCUUUAGAGAAACAUAUGUCGGUCAAAUGUCUGCUAACAGAUAUUUUAGUGAUUCUGAUAUCCAAUCUUCAAAUGUGUUAACUGGCCAUCUCAAGACUGUGCAAAGCUUAUCAGGGGGCGUGCUUACACAAGCCAAGUCGGAAGAAGUCUAUGUUUACAAUCCUUCCUCAACUUCAGAAGCACCUGCGAAAACAAUUAUAAAGUCUGAAUUGGUUCUGACCGGUGCUCCAAAGGCUGGCAAUGUCCCGCAGAGUUCUGCCCAUAUUGGAAAGACAUUAAUUUACGAAGGCGGACAUGAAAGCGAAUACCCAACAAAAGCAGACGAGUUAAAUAAAGAUAUUAACCAAUUAUCCAAGAGUGAUAAAAUCACACAGACUAGCGCUUCAACAUUUAAUAAUUUAUUGAGAAAACUUAACAAAGCGAGUGCUGAACAAAUAGGAAAAGUACAUGAUUUUUGCAACACAAAUGAAAAAAAGAAGUCAAUAUUUUUUGAUGCCCUGUUUAGUUGUAAUUCAGCUCCUUGCGUUUAUUACACUGGUGAAUUAAUGAGCAAAGGUGAUAUUAAUGAGAAUGAAUCUAAAAUAUGGUUUUCAAAAGUUGGCUUUGCCAAAAGUGUACAUCCAGACGCUCUCCAAAAACUUAGUGGAUUGAUCAAAGAAAGCAGUCCAAUUUCUGCAUACCUUGGAGUCGGUAUGCUUGCUGGAAAGUACUGUAAACACCAUUCUUGUAAAUCAGAUCGUACUAUUGAAAAUGUUGAGAAUAAAAUUGGACACUCACUAUUGCAGAAAGGUUGUAAAACCACGAUCAAGGAAGUUGAAGAUAAAGUUAUUGCGAGCAUGAAAGGAUUAAGCAACGUACAUUAUUUGACUGAUCGUGUCACAAGUGCCUUGAUAGAGUGUGCAACAAAUAACGCACACAGUAAUAGACUUAGAGCAGCAGCUUUGGAUACACUUAAAACUGAUGCCCACAAAGCAGAAGUAAAAGAACCAGUGGGGAAAUUAUUUAUUGAUAAUAAUCAGGAUUCUGAGUUGAGAAUAAAAGCCUACCUUGUCCUUGCUGAAUGUCCUUGCGGCAAAGUAGCAACUUGGGUUAGAGAAGUAUUGAAAAAUCGCAAAUCCCUUCAAGUCGGAGCAUUUGUUGUCUCGCAUUUGAGAAAUGUCAGAGCAUCCACAAAUCCAGACAAAGCUGCUCUUAAGCAUCACCUUGGCAAUAUCAUGGAAGAAAAAACCUACCCAUUUGAUUUUAGAAAAUUUUCUCAAAACUAUGAAUUCAGUUACAUGUCUGAUCUGUUUAAUAUGGGAGACAUUGCCGAGACUAAUAUUAUUUAUUCCCAACAUUCAUUCAUUCCGAGAACACUAUCUUUAAACUUGACAUCACAACUUUUUGGCCAGUCCUUUAACUGGCUUGAAAUUGAUGCACGUUUUGAAAAUGUUGAAAAAGCCCUUGAAAGAGCUUUUGGUCCAAAGGGGUUCUUUAAUACAAAAAGCUCGGAUGAAGUUGUUGAAGAAAGUAAAAUUAUUACAAGCAACUAUUUAGAAAAAAUUGUGGAAAAGGCAGAAAGAUCGUUUAGGCCAAAGAGAAGUCCAAAAUCAAACUUAAACUAUGACAUGGAUGUUGACAUUGAUCUCAAUUUGAAAACGGGUGGCUCACAAAUUCAUUGGACCAAAUACCACAGUGCUGAUGAAAAGUGGAAUUCUGAUAAUUUAAUCAACUCAGUAUUUGGUGGAAUUGAAAAAAUUGUUGAUAAAGCCAAAAACACAGAGACUAGCUACAGGAAAUAUGUUUCACUGGGAAACUUUGAAAUGCAGUACGGAACAGGACUUGGUCUUCCUAUGGUCUUGAGGAUGAAUGCAGCUGCUGGUGUGAAUUUAAUGGUAGACAGUAACAUUGAUUUACCUGCCAUUGUCAGACACCCAGAAAAUGCUGACAUUAGAUUCCAGUUGAUUCCUAGUGCUGCCAUUGAUUUAGUAGGAAGUAUGACAAUUGAUGGGAUCAACGUGGAAUCGGGAGUUCAGCUUCAUUCGGUUGCCCAUACAUCGACAGGGUCCUACGUUUCAUUCCGUCUUCUUGAAGGAACAGGAGUUGAUGUCAAAUUUGGACUCCCAGUAGACAAACAGGAAAUUUUAAAUUUCAAAACUAAAUUCCAGUUAGUGUAUAACAAUUAUGAAGUCUAUGACAACUUGGAGUACAACUCUAAAAGAGAAAAAUAUGAAGGCUGUUUUGACCAACUUGUACCGCUUGUUGGCUUAGUUUUCUGUGUUAGUUCUCCAUGGGAAACACACAGAACUCUCAGUCCUGCAUAUGGACCUAUCAACUUUAAGUUCUUAGUCACCAAAGAUGAACCUUUAUUAGAAUACUAUCAUUUUAGAGUGAAGUACACUAAAGGAGAAAGUGGUAUUCGUAGAUUUGAAGCUCUUUUUGACACUCCUCGCACUAAAUUUUCUAGAAAAAUGGCCAUUGAUAUUGAGGGCUCUCUUCAUGCAAAGAAAUUCUUAAAAGCAAAAUUUAAUUCACCUUGGUCUAAUGCUUUGUUUGAUGGAAGCAUUAAAUCUACAUCUUCUGAAAAUAUGCUGUCUGCCAAACUCAACAUAGAUGAAACCGAUUAUUUUAUUAAUGCUGGAGCCACUAAAACCAAAUCCGGUAACGUAGUCAAAUAUGUACCAGUAUUUGAAUAUAAAGCACCAGAGCUUAGGACCAGUAUGGUAGGAAGAAGAGGUGGACACAAACCGGCCAAACAGGCAUACAAAGUCACCGGGACUGUCCUUGUCGAAGAUACUGGAAGCGAAAAGAAAAUCACUGUUAAUAACGUUUGCCUUCACACUCCACGGACUAAAUAUACAUUAGAGGGAAAUGGUAAAUACGGAAAACAAUACCAACUUGUUGAAGGCAAUUAUAAAUUGAGCUGGGACAAAGAGCACCUUGAAGUUAAAGGCUAUUAUAAGAGGCCAAAGGGAAAUGAAAAUUUAUCACUCUGGUUGGCAGUGCUUCCUCCAACCCAGUUCCAAGACUUUGGAGUUGAUUUAAAAUACGAUUUAAAAAGACAAGGCAACCUUAAGACAAAGGGUAAUUAUGAUGCCAAGUUUUUUCUUACCCAUGGAUCAGAUCCCAACAAUGAAAUGACCAAACUUGCCAUUAGUAGUUCUAUGGACGUUGAAAAAGAUAAGAAAUUUAAAAUGGAAAACAAAAUUUCAUACCCAUUACUUAAUCUUGAAGCUCAUCAGGCUUUUGGAUUGACUCUUGAAAAAAGUUCUCUUGAGUCAUUAACUGCAAGUAUAAAGGGAAAAUUUGAUAAAUACUCUGGUCAAUUAAAAAUGAGCAGUUAUGUAACUGACCAUCAUGGAUAUAAUGUUAUUCUAUUAGCUGAAGCAAUGGGCAAUUCAAUCAAAAUUGAUGCAGUUAGAAAUGUUUUAAGUCCUGAACAAACUAAAUACACAAACACAUUUGAGGUCAAACCUGGUGGAAAGUAUGAAUUGAACUUUUUGGUCACACGUAAGACUGAAAAAGGAGUAGUAGAUUUAAAUGUAAAUGCUGAAGUCAAAUUACCCGCUGAGCCCAAAUUACUCGAAAUUGAAGUAGUUUUCAAAUCUAAAGAAAAACAUUUAGCCAGUUCUCUAAAAGCCUCUGCAGAUAGCAAGGAGUAUGUCAAUCUUAAUUUUAUCUACAAUACUGGGGAAAAAUUGAAUUUACAAUUCAAACUUUUGGAUUUGGUUGAUGGUCACCUUGAUUCGAAUAUUAUUGAUCAAGAACAGAAAUCCAAAAGCAAAUUGAAUAUCCAUUUUCCAAGGAUUGACAAAAAGGCUGAAGGAAAUGCGGAAUUCACCGAUUAUUUUGACACUGGCAGCAUUGAUUUCUGUUGGGACACUAAAGAUCCUUUAAAAAAAAUUAAACUUGAGUACAAUAAUGAGUAUUCCUUCGAACCAACGACGGACAUUAUGCUUAGAUCAUCACUAACUUAUGGCAGUCGUACAACAAAAUUAAAUAUGGAUUAUAAAGGAGAUAUUACAGAAAAUAUUCCAAUAACUAGGAAAAUUACAGUCAUUCUUCCCGAAGGUGAUGAAUACACUUUCAACGUUGAAGGAUAUUAUGAAGAAAAGGGCGACAAUAUAAAUACCAAAUUUACAACUACAGUAACUUGCACUCACCCUGAUGGCAAGGCACUUUUAUUUAAUCCAUUCGAGAAGAUGUCCUUAACCGUUGGUCUCGAACCGUUCAAUGAAGAAGACGAUGUAUACAAAGGACUUGUAGACUUUAAUUUAAUUAAUAAUAAAAAAGAGAAUUUGGACACUUCCUGUAAAUUUGAUAUCCGCGAAGAAAACAACAAAUGGCUCAUCAAAACUGAAGGUUCAGUCAAAGGAAACUUAAUGAAAGGGAAAGAUCUGAGUGUGAUAUUUAAUGCCGAAGUACCAGAAGAAGAUGAAUCUCAGCCGUUGUUGUUCAGCUGGUCCCUCGACCAUGCAGACGACACCCAUUUGGAAGGAAAUUGUAAAGUGACUGAAGACAGUGUCAGUGGAGAAUUCUCAGGCAAACUUCCCCAACAUAAUGAAGUUAAAAGUUUCAAGUGGACUACGGACAACUCAUUUGUUUGGGGUGAAACAAGCAACACGGUCAAAUUAAACAAUAAUUUUGCCUGGAAUGAAAAUAAAUUUUUAAAACACGUCUGGGACUUCAGUCAUUCUGAUUCUGAGGCUACAUUUUUUGGAGAAUUUCAUACAACAGAAGCACACAGGAAGCUCAAUGCCAAAGCACAUUGGACAUGUGAUGACGUGGAGAAGUUCGAUGCAUCAGGUUCAUUUUCUUGGACAGAGGGUAAAUCUGCAGAUUUCAGUGUUGAAAUGGAAAAGAGCAAAGAUAACAAAGCAGGGCUAAUUCAUGUCAAUGGCCACUUACCUGAAUUUGGCAAAGUAGAUUUAAUUCUGAAGAAUAAGUUUUUGAGUGAGAAAAAUGGAGCUCAUAGUAGCUUUUCCAUUACAAUCAAAGAUACGACAGUAGCAGCAUCAUCAGUUGUUGAAUUAUUACCAGGUCACCCAUUAAUUGACAUAAAUGUUGACCAUACAACUGGCAAAUGGAGAUUUUAUGUCAAACACAACAGCAAGGGCGAAAGGCAUUGGUCAGGAGAAACCAAAAUGAAAUGGGCAUACAAUAGAGGUGGAAGCAUUGGUGCAAACUAUGAUGCUAAUUUCCAGUCUAUUGAUUCCUUUUAUCUUAAGGGCAAUGUCGAUGCUCACGAGUUGUUUUUCAAAAACUUUCAUGUGGAUAUUCAUAACGAAAACGAGAGAGGCAAUGAGAAACAGAUCUUAUUUGUAGUGAAAAAAGAUGGAACUACUUAUUCCGGAGUCAUAAAUUAUAAUGUUAAGCAAGAGGGUGACAAUUUAGGGAUUGAAGGAAGUGGCAGUUUGAUAGAGGAUGGAAAAAAUUACCCGCUUUCUUUUAAGCUAAAUGUCAAUGACAGACUGGAAAAUCUCGAAACUCAAUUCACUCUAAGCAUCGGUAAAAACAAAUGGUCUUCAAAAUAUGUUAACAAUGAUAAAAAAUUUUAUGCCGAUUUGGAACACUGCCAUGAAGAAACAGAAUGCACCUCAUCUUUAAUUGAGUACAAAUUGGAAAGCAAAUCAAAUCAAAGGGUUGCCAAAGAGUUGCGCAUUGUCUUCGAUCCAUCUAUUUAUCUGGAAUCCCCAACUGUUUUGAGUUAUCAUUCAAAACUGCUGUUGGACACCUACCUCCCUGUAGAGCACAUGAUAGAAUUUAGAUGGUCAAAGACAGGCAGCAUUAAAUACGAAGCAGAAAUAAAAAACAAAGGAGCAGUUAUGUUGUUGCAUACUCCUAAGAGAAUCGUUGGUUUUGAAAGCAAACUAGAUUCUUCAAAAGAUGCAAAGAAGGUUGAAGUAUUUUUAUAUCUUAAUAAGCUCACGGAUGACAAAAUCUCUUUUCUCUCUUCGGCAUCAAUUGCAAAAGGAAAGGAUUCAAACACAUACUCAAGCGAGACAAAGUUAUCACAUAAAUCUCUUGGAAAGGAUUAUGUUAUCAAAGGAGAGGUAACUGUUUCACCUACCUUGGAGAAAUUAAAAGGCAAAAUAAUCGUAGAUGUAUUCAAAAAUCCUAAUAGUCAACUAGUGCUGACCUUAAAGUUUGAUCAUGGUCUAAAAGAUGGUCGAUACACCAAGCAUAGGAGUGCAUAUGUGAAAUUUGAUUCGUGUAAAAUAAAUGCCGCUUAUGAGCAGAAAUUAGUUGUUAACUUUAAAGACCCUCAAUUUCUCUGGACUGAGACUGCCAGUAGUACAGAUGGAAAGGGCACAAAGAGGGAAGCAGGAGUUAAAAUUGAGAUAAAUCGUAAGAAAAUUUACAGCCAUGUAAAAAUUGAUGGUUCCACCGUUUUUGAAGUUGAUGGUAAAAUAAGUAACAAAGAAAAAACAACUACUGUUGCUGGAACCACUACUUUACUCAACAAAAAAUACAAAAACAAUCUUGAAAUUAAUACUGAUGCCAAUAGUCUAAAAUACAACCUUCAUUUCGAUGGAAAAACAAUUGAAGCUGACGUAUCGGCUAAAAUGGGUAAGAAAGGAUUAUUUAAAGUUUCCUUUGACAAAAAAUCCUGCGCACACUUUGAGGUGGCUUUGGAUGAGCCUAAUUUCCUUACGUCAACCUAUAACUACAAUACGGAUGAUGUUAAACGAUUAUUUUUUGCUCUUGCUGACUCACUGUAUGAGGCCAGAAAUGAAGGAACCAAGCUUGUAAAAGAACUGGUUGAAACAGAUACAAAUGAGGCACAACAUACUUUAAAGUGUAUAGAAGAUAAUAUGCCUUCUUUUUCAACAUUUAACAGUCAUGUUAAGAAAGAGUUGAAGGAACUUAUUGAUGAAUUUUUGGAAGAAGAAUAUAUACGUGAAUUGUCUGGGACUAUAAAGGAGCAUUACAAAGAAGCUUUUGCAAACAUCAAUGAAAUGAUAAAAAAACUGGGCGAAUUCUACGAUUCCGUUGGAUCCAGUGCAAUACAGCUAAGUGAGAAAAUUGGUAAACUCUGCGAAGAACUCUAUAAAAAGUUAUUGGAGUCAACUGAACGACUAACCACUGUCGUACUAGACUUUAUGGAAGAAUCUGUUAAAUUUUCAAAGAAGAUUGUAGACAAAAUUUUUGAAGAGUUGAAAAAGAAUGAAAACGAUAUCAAAGAAUACAUCAAAGUUUUAACAGACUUGGUUCAUGAAUUUGGUAAACAAUUUAGUAAAGUGAUAUUUAGUAUUCAUGAAGAACUCGAGAAUUUCAUAGAGAUUACUGUCCAACAGCUGAAAGAUAUUCCGUUUGUAGAAGUUAUCAAUGAGAAGAUGCAAGAACUAAAAGAUUACAAUUUUAAUAUACCUGAGGAGUUUUGGGGAUUUUUUGCCGAGAUAAAAGAUGAGAUCAAAGGAUUAAUGCCAACAACCGAGUGUGAAAAACUUGUUGACCUGACUGCAGACUACAUUACAAAGAUCUUAAAACAAGAGAAAUUCAAUGUGCAAGAUGCUGCUGCGAAAUUGCUUCAGCAGUUUACCAAGGCUUUCUCAUCUGUUGUUGCAGAAGUAUACCAGCACAUACCCAUUGGAGAGAAAUUGAAAGAUAAAAGCCUUUAUAGCAGGCUUCCAUUUGGAAACCUAUUAAAAGGGUCAAAAGGAGGCUUAAGAGUAAGCCUGAUGGAAUGGUUAAGUUCAGAAGAUCUUCCUACACUUUAUGAUUUGCUCUCAAUGUACCGACCAUCAGUUAUUCCACUACAAAAUAUUCCACCAUUUGAUAGUAUUGGUGUCAUCCUUCAUGGUUCGGAUGUUGUUACCUUUGAUGGGCGGCACAUCAAGUUUAAGGGAUUUUGUAACUACAAGCUUGUAGAAGAUGGAAGAGACAAGAAUUUUUCAGUUAUUGCACAUAUUUCGUCUGGCAAAUUAGAGGGCCUAACACUUCAUGACGCUUUUGAUUCGAUCACCAUCAAACAAGGACUUGCAACAGUUAAUAAACAGAAAUCUGAAUAUCCAACUAGAGCUGGCCAACUUUCUGCCUGGAUUCGUCCGUAUUCAUAUGGAAUGUUCAGUAAGGCAGGCGUACUUAUUAUAUGUUCACGAGAUUUCAAUUACUGUGAGGUCAACGUCAAUGGAUUCUACUUUGAUAGAACUGUUGGUCUUCUUGGAAACAUGAAUUAUGAACCUUAUGACGAUUCCAAACUUGACAGCAGCAUGGUUGCAUCUGAUGACUUAACUUUUAUCAAUGCUAUGAAACUUGGAUCUUGCCCAGAUGUGCCUACGGCUACCUACAAACAUCCGCCGACCUCACAGUGUACCAAAGUCUUUGAGGAGUUAUAUUUCGCAUCUAUCUGGGCCCCUCCCAAACCUUUUAAGGAAGCAUGUGACAGUGCGGUAAAUUCUGCAUCAGAUGAUGAAACCAAACUAGAUGCUGCUUGCGAAAUUGCUAAGGGUUUUGUUAGAGUUGCAAGAAAUCGAGGCUCUCUUGUAACUCUUCCAGAAAUUUGCACAUAUUGUACCAUCAAUAAACAAAAAUUGAAAUAUGAUGAAGCAGAAGAAGUAAAGAUAAAUAAAAAUCAAGCUGAUGUUUUGUUUAUUGUUGAGUCCUCAGCCGACAAUAAAGAAGUAGCUGAGAGCAACUUGCACAAACUGGUUCCAGAAAUUAAAAAAUAUUUUGAUGCACAAGGUUGCACCGAUGUAAGGUUCUCUGUGGUAAGUUUUGCCCCAGAUGAAAAAUAUCCACAUUACCACACUUCCAAUGGCAAUUUUUAUGGAACAAAUGUAAAAAUUCAAUACAGUGAAAAGUUAAACGAGACGAAAAAUAAUUUUGUCGACAGUUUAAAAUAUCAUUUUGGUUUAACAAGCAGAGGUUAUGUAUAUAAAGAUGUCAUGGAUCAUCAGAAUUUCAGACCGACAGCUAGGAAAAUAAUUAUCGGAAUCCAUAGCACGCCUUGUAUCCCACAGUCAAUUACUUAUUUUAUUGGGUCUUUGUAUGGAAUGGUGUUUGCUGAUGCAUUUGGUUUGGAAUACCAUGUCAUUACUCCAGUUGAGGAUUUAAGUAAAUUCAAAGUUCCUGUAGAAGAAAUAAUAGGCUUUACUUGGGGAAAAGUUUUGAAAAAGAACGGAGAAACAGUUAAGACUGCAACAAUACUCACCAAUGAUAACUGCAUCAAUAUAGCAAAUGCCAAUGAAGGCUAUGCCUUUGUUGCUCGUAAAGAGGGAGAUACUGUCUCACAGAUGGCAAAGGUUAUCACAGCACCAAGGAAGACUGAUGAACUAGAAUGCGAGUGUGAACUUUUUGACGGAGUUAUUUCAAGACCUGUAUGCUAUGUAGAAUAUGAUCUCUUCUAAGCCUACAAUAAUUAAAAAGAGUUCAGUGCUGAAGAAGAAAACCAAAACAUGCCUGUACAUAUGUUAGCUUGACUGCAUUUAGAGAUCUACCAUAGAAGGAUCUUGCCAUAUAUUGUUAAUAAUUGUACAAAAGAAAGUUCCUUUUAAUUAUAUUCUAUAACAUAUACACUGUCACUAAAAAAAGUAUAUGUGAAGUAAUAAUUUUACGUACAUAAUUCUGUCUAGUGUAUUUUUUAGACUUCAACAAAGUAUUUUAAAAAUAAAUAAAAAGCUAUCAAUUUUUUAAAUAUUUUAAUAUUAAAUCAAACAUUAAGUAUGAAA